AUGCUUCUCAUCCUCCUCCUCCUCUACUUCACCCCACCAAGCUCUCAAAUAUUCUUCGGUGGUGGCACCAAUAAUUGUCCGUGUGCCUGCAUCCCAGCCCCUCCACCCAUCUGCGCACUGCCACCAAUCUGUGCCCAACCCAUGCCAUGCCCUCAACCAUCCCCUGUCUAUUUUCCCGGAUGGAUUCCCGCUUCUCCAGCGCCGCCGCCUAUGUAUUCCACGUCAUACUCGCAAGCACCCGCGCCGCUACUUUUGCCAUCUUCACAAUCCUAUGUGGCACCAGUGCCACCGCCUUCGCCACAAGUCGCGUUUAUCCCGGCGAGACCGCUGAUAACGACUGCCAGUUAUUAUUUGCCGCCAACUCCGCCGCUGAUUACACCCGUCACUUUGGUGCCGAAUACGUGAGUUUUUUUGGAAAAAAAAUUGCUCAAGUUUUGAUGCCGGAAAAUUUCCAGAUUUUUUGAACCGGAAAAUUUGUAAAAUUUUUCAAGGUCUUAAAUUUCGAUUUUCAGCUUUUUUUCAUUUUUUUGAGACGUUUUACGUUCAAAAAAUCGUGAAAUUGAAAAAAACAUCCAAAAAUUUCAUUUUUUCUAUCAUAAACUCGUGAGAAAAUUUCCCAAAAUUUAGGCAAUAAAGAUAAUUUUCGGGAUUUUCCGAGCACAUUUUCAGGAAAACCGGAAAAUUGAUUUUUCCUAUAAAAAACCGGAAAUUCAGAAAAUUCAGAAAAUUUCCGACACAGGCCUUUUUUGAAGUUUUAUUGAAAAAGUUCUGGGGAAUUCCAAUUUCUGGAAAAUCUUGAAAAUUCUUUUUCAACAAAAUGUUCAAAUCAGAUUUGAAAUGUUUUACAAAAGUUUAUAUGCAGAAUAAUAUUUUGUAAUAAAAAAAUUUAAAAAAUAUAUUUUUCCUAUGCAGAAAAACGUCGAAAAAAACAAAAUAUACAGUUUUGAAUAGAGACAAUGUGAAAUUGAGAGAGUGCAGGCAGUUUUUUUUGUAUUUUUUUGUGUGAAAAAUCAAUUUUUCUGUCUGCACUCUCUUAAUUUUACGUUGUCUCUACUCAAAAAUAAUAAACUGUAUAUUUUGUUUUUACGACGUUUUUCUGCAUUGGAAAAAUAUGUAUUUAUUACAAAAUAUUAAUCUGCAUAGGCUUAAAUUGAAGUUUUGAAAAUUCCAGAAAAAAAAUCUUUUUUUCCAGCGUCGACUUUGUGACUCCGCCAUAUCUUCAAAGUGGUCUAGCUCCAGCUCCGGUAAGAUUUUUUCAAUUUUUUUGAAAUUCUCCCUCUGUAAAUCUCUAAUUCCAGACUCCAUACGACAAACAAUUCGAUGUGGAUUCUCUGGAGCAAAUGUCAUCUGAAUCCAUCGAAAUCCCACCACCACCUCCACCUCCAGAUGAAGAACAAGAAGAUCCAAAUCAAGAUUUCAAAGCCAGAGAAUCGACGCCACCGUAUGACUACCGUACAUCACAAGUUUCUACCGUAUACAAACCAGGAUACAUCGCUCCAAUGCAGGUGAAUUAUUUGCAAGAAGAACGAGAUCCCUAUGAGGAAUCAGUGCUGGGAAAACGACACAGUGUUUUGGCGAGACAGAAAAAUGCGAAGCGUGAAAGUGUGACGAGAACUAACACGACGUGUAACUCGAUCAAAUUGGCGAAUGUUAUGAUGAGAGCGAUUUCGGAAGAUGUGACAAGUUCGAAGAAAUCGAUACAAAUGGCGACCAAAGAGGCGUUUGAUGGUGCAAAAUAUGAUGUGUUUUGUGCGACCGGAGAGUUUAGUUAUAGUAUUCAUUCGAGGAAAUAUUGUGAGAUUUCUAAACAAUAUGUGACUUGUUUCGCGUUUCGAUGA